AACCCAUCUGCAGAUCCAGACGUCACUAAAACUGCUACACGGUUCGCUUACGACCACUCCAUCCUCGACACCAAGGUGCGUUUCGUUACGUCUUCAUGCCCAUUGCCCAUACAUCAGCAUACGCGCAUCCCCCUAUUUGCAGACGAUCAUCGCUCAAAAGGCAAUGCCGAACAUUAAGGGCCACAGCGGUGUCCUGUCCGCAGAAGCGUGGCUUAGGUACGGAUUUCAUGAGAACAGGUUUACGUCCGGUUUAGGCGCCGUCGUAGAGCGUAUCGACGGCGUUCAGCUUCCAUUCGAGAUAGCUGGCGCUGAUCGCGAACCUCGUGUUGUCUCUCUUGUUCCGUUCUUUGGGUUCUUGAAAGUCACUGGUAUACGUGCUGUAGUUGACACAGCUUUGACAUUAGUUCUCCUUAUCAAGUUUAUCGUACAGUCGUGUCAAAAGCUCCGUCAUAUACAAUAGCAAUUUAGAGUCGAUAUAUCUAUACAUGAUGUUCAAGCCAUUAAUGCUACAUUGACGACAAGUUAUGAGAGUGCAUGUGGUGUAAUGCGAAAGUGAUAUCCGAUCAUCAGUGGUAAACGGUUCGAU